UUUUAAAAUUUGAAUUUUAGUAAAAAAAAUAAGAAAAAAAAGUAAAAAAUGUCAAGCCUUUUAGAUAAUAAAAUGUCCAAUAAAAGCAUAGAAAUUUAUUGCUAAGAACAUAAAGAUAAGAUCAUAUUUUUAUCUUAUCGCUAAUAAAACUAGUAGCCUCAAAUAGAAAUAGAGUGCCAAACAUGUAGAGCAUCUAAAUAAAAAUAGACUGAUUGGAUUUAUGUUGUACUAUCCUAGCUAUUUUAAAACAAUAAAAACGAAAUGAUUUACGGAUUUCCUCCCUUUAAAGAUGAUGAAUUUUUGAAAGCUUAUUAUGAAAAAAUAAAUUAUAACUCAUAGAUAUAGUAAGAAUCAUUAGAAGAGAUUAAACAAAAAUUUUAGGCAAUCAAAUAAGAAGUUAUAUAAAAACUUGAAAGUAUUGAAAUGUAAUUUUUCAAGCAAUAUGAAGAUUGCAUAAAACAAUCCUUAAGUUAUUAAAAUGAAAUAUAUUAAAUGUAGUAAAGAGAUGAACUGAUAAGUUUAGUUUCUGAAAACUUAAAUGUCGAUUAAAAAUUAUAAGAUUUUUUCAAGAAAUAAUUUUAAAACUUAGAAAAUAAAGAAGCUGUUUUGAAAGAUAAGAUUAAUGAGUAUUAAAAACUAGUUGGUAAGAGCAUGGAUUUUAAUGAUAUCAAUUAAAAUAUACUCUAAUUAGAACAUUUAUGCUAAAAUCUAAAGUCCUUUUUAGAUACUAAAGAAGAUAAAAUGGAUAGUAUCUAGGAAACAACUAGAAACGUUAAUCAAAAAAUAUUAAAUUCUGAACUUAAAGAAUUUUCAUUAAUAGAUAAAUAAGAAGAGUUAAAUCUAACCAAGGUAUUUAAGAAUGAAAUUUAAAAAAUUGAAAAUGAAGAUAUCACUAAUCAUUCAGAAUAAGUUCAUUUGUAGUCAAUCAGUUAGAUUAGUAAUAAUCUUUAAAGUCAAUUGGAAAACUAACUUGAAUUUUAAGUGGAAUAGGUUGUGGAGAAAUAAAUUGAAAAUAAAUAAGAAAAUAAUGAGAUAAAUUAAAAUUUUAAAGAAAAUCCAAUUGGAUAGUAAUAAAUUAAUGACUUAUAUUAAGAAGAAUAAGUGCAAAACAUGUUAAAUCAUAACAAUGAAGGCAUGAAUAGUUAACAUUUUACAUAUUAAAUUUAUGAAAAUUAUGAUUCUAAAGAGGACAAUGUUGACGAUGACAAUAAUGAUGAAGAGAAUAAAGAAUAGAUUAAUAAUUUAGAAGGAUAAGAUUAUUAAAAUGAUGAAUGUUUAAAUUCAGAAAAUUUUAAAAUAAAUUAGGGAGAAAUUAUAGCAAAAAAAGAUUUGAGAGGAUAAAUAGAAAUUUUUAUCAACCAGUGUAAUUAUUAUCUUUAAAAUAUUUUAGAUAGAUGCGAAUACAAAUGGGAAACAUUAGAACAAAUUAUAGUAAAAUAAAACUAGUUUUUAGCAUAUUAACAUGAUUAAAUAUUUUAAAUCAAAAUAGUGGGGAAAUAUCACAGUAAAUUUUUAUCAUCAGCAUCACACAAUAACUUAACAUUUUUAAAAAUAUAUCUUAAGGAAAAACUUGUAAUUUUUUUAUUAUUUAUUGCAAUAAAUAUUUAUUUAAAAUAUAUAAAAGUUUUUAUUAAUGAUUUAUAAAUUUUAAUCAUUAUAGAUUGA